AUGAAUACUAAAUAUCAAAACUAAGGGUGUACAUUGAAAGAAGAUGCUCCACCUGAUGGAUUAUAUAAUAAAUCAAAAUAAAGUGCUGAUUUUAAUGGGAACUUGGAGUUCUCAAAAAAUAAGAGUAAUUCUGUUGCUUCUUCUUUAAAUGGAUUAUCUGAACAUAUUAAUGAUGUUACUCCACCAUUUGGUAAUAAGGUUGAUUUAAAAGGAUUUUAACCUGCUGAUUUAGAAUUAUUCCCAUUUGAACCAAAAUCAGAAAAAAACAAGUAUGUUAAUAUAUUUUAAUAGUUUAAGUUUUCGUUUUUUGUAUGAAUUUUGGCCAUCAUUCAAUUAAAUAUUUUGUUAAGGUCGUAUAAUGACAGGUCCAAAAGGUGAUAGAUAUCAUAAUAUAUUUACUUGGAUAAUGAUUAUUGGUAUAAGUACUUGUUUUUUUGUAAUUGUUGCUCCAUAUGUUUGGUAAAAAUUGCAUUGGCUUUAUGUUUUAAUUGUAAUAUAUUUAUUUUUAAGUACAAUACUAUUUUUAGUGUUAACUUAAGUAAUAAUAACAAUUUAUAUUUAAAUAGUUUUCAGAUCCAGGAAUAAUACCAAGAAAAUCUAUUUUAGAAUUAUCUGAUUAAAAUACUCAUUUUAUUAGUAAAGAGGAAGUUAAAAUUGAAGGAACUGGUGGAUGUCCAGAUAAAAGAAAAAAGAAAUAUUAAAAUAAAGAAUAGAGAAUUUGUUCAACUUGUUAAAUUGUAAAACCUUUAAGAUGUUCUCAUUGUAAGGAUUGUGGUAAUUGUGUUUAAGUAUUUGAUCAUCAUUGUCCAUUUGUAAAUAAUUGUAUAGGACAAAGAAAUUAUAGAUUUUUUAUAGCUUUUUUGAUUUCAUUACUCUUAUUAGCUAUAGGAGAAUUAGGGGGAUUCUUGAUUUUAUUUAUAGGAAAUUUUGGAGAGGGUAUAUCAGGAAAGGAUGGCAUAUGUAAUUAUAUUAUAUAUAUAUUGAUAGUAAUAUAGAAUUAAACAAUAUUAGUUAUAGUAUUAUUUGCUUUAGGAAUUCCAACAAUCUUAUUGACUUUAUGUAUUUUAGUUUUUGUUUGUUUUCACAUUUGCUUGGCUUACAAUGGUAAAACUACAAAAGAAUAACUUUAAUAAAAGAAAAUAACAGAUAAAGGUAGUAUUCCAUCAACAAUUUGGUGUGAUAAAGCUAAAUCAUUGUUUAAUCUUCGAUAAAAAAUUCAUAUUUCUAAAACUAAGAAAUUCUAGAUAGUUGUAUGA